AUGAAUUCUAUAAUUUUAAUAUUAGCUAGCAGAUAAGAAUAUAUAUUUCACCUUUAAAUUUUGGAGGCUUAGAUAAACUCAAUGUCUAGUAAUGACCGAUUGAAUUUAGUGUAAUAAUUAUAAUGCAAGAUAUUGAGAGUAGAGUAGAGAAGAAUUUAAAUAGAAUCACAAACAUUAUUAAAUUAUUCUGAGCCUAGAAAAUUCUUAUUGAAACUCGUGAAAAAAUAUAUAAAAAUUCAAGGUUAUUAUUACUAAAAAUUGCAAGUAUUAAGACAUGUAAAUAGUUAUAUUUUCCAAUAUUCAGUUAAAGAAAAUAAUUUUUACCCAUGCAAAGAAACUAAUUAUUCAAAAUAGCUGGCAAUACUGCUAUGAGUUCAACUGAAAUCAUACAAAUAAUUAUCAAUCUGUAGAAAGAAAGGCUAGUUCGUUAGAUUGAUUCUUUAGUUAAAUCCAUAAAUAGAAAUGAGGCAUUAUAGUAUUCAUAAUCAUUAUAAUUUAGAACUGAUUUAAUAACAAAUAGAAACGAAAAGUUUUGUUAAGAUCCAAUUUAGAGUUUAGAUUACUUAAAUCAUAUCCAUUUAACUUAUUAUUUGCUUAAUAAACCUUCAUAAAAAAAUGACCCAUAUGAUAUAAUGAAUUUAGAUGAACCUACUAAAGAGUAUUUAACAUCUGGUUUUAAAAGCUAUGUUUGUUGUUUUACAAAAACAAAAAAUGUAUUUAUUCCAAUUGAAAGCACUCAAGAAAUUACUUUAUUUAGGUAUGAAAAAUUCUGGAAAAUCUUAAAUGAUCAAAAUUAUGCUCUUUAUAAAAGAAUUACAAAAUUUUACUUUAAAAAUUACUAAUAAUUAUCCUCUACUCUUGAGAAGCAAAUAAUAUGUUCUGUACAUCGUUUACCUUUGAGACAACAAUAAAAGAAAAGCAAAAGAAAUAUAUUUCAUAAAAUCAGAUUAAGCAAAUAAGAAAACGAAGGUAGAAAUUCAAGAACAUUUUAAGAUGGGUUUCAAACUGACAAAGAGCCUUACAUAAGUAAUUCAAUUGGUAUUGAAUCAUAAGGUGAAAUCUUGAAUCAUUUAAAAAACAUUGUACUAACUUCAUCAAAAACAAGAGAAUAGAAAAGUAGUUGUGAUAAUAAAAAAUACAUUCUAAGAGAAAGUUAAAUUAGAAAUGAACACGAAUUGAUUUAAAGUCAACUCCUCUUAUGUGGUAAAUCAAUGAAAUUCCCUUAUAAUGAUUAAGAGAAGAGAAGAAUUUUUAGUAAUAUAUUUGAAAACAAAGAUAAUUCUAAUAAUGCUUCUAAAGACAAAUCUGUAGAAUAAAUUUCACUUUCCUUAACAAAAAAUCUGAAAUUCUAAAAAUUAGGUUUAAGCAAUAAAUACCACUUGAUAAAAAUCAAAUAAAACUUCAGUCAGCUUAAAUUGUAGCAAUUAUAAUUAUAAAAUUGA